AUGAUUCUAUUUGACAUGACAAAUGUGAUUUCACCUACCAUGCUGAUCCCGUCUCUCUUCCAUUGCCCUCGCUCCCUGCCCAUGCUCCCUGCCCCGUCUCUCGCACAGCUGAUUGGAGUGGAGCCCAAGGAGAGCGCUGGUAUCUCAGGUGGAAAGCCAGGUCCCCACAAGAUCCAGGGCAUUGGACGCCUCAAAACGCAUUGGAGCGGGCUUCAUUCUGAGGGUUCUGGAUGUGAUCUUUUCCAGACGAAAGUCAUUCAGGUCAGCAGCGAUGACUCAGUGGAGAUGGCCAAGCAGCUUGCUGUGAAGGAAGGGCUGCUAGUAGGGGCUGGGCGGUGA